AUAUCACCUUCAGGACGCUCUUUGCCGAACCCAGACUUACUCUAUCCUUGUGUAUGUUCCCUUCUUGGUGCGGAACAACUUCAGAACCACCCAUAAUGUCCACCCAGUAUAAAACAAUUGAUCCAGAGUCUCAAGGCAGUGGGAAAAAGGAGUCCAAGGCUGUCCUGAUAAAGAAUCUGAAAGAUCGGGUAGGAGAGGACAAGCUGAAAACCCUUGAUUCCAAACAGGGAGACCUCGAUCCCGAGACCAGCAACAGAGUCUCAGGAAUUGUCGACUUCCAGGAUAAGAACAAUAUCUCAAUAUCUGAAUCCAUGUAUCACUGUGUAACCGAUGCCCCAGACCCCUUGGGUCUACAGCUUGGCUGGGAGGGCGGCAUACCCCGUUGGAAAAAGAGGAGCACUGUCCAGUUUGCCGCCUUUGCUGAGGGUUAUCCAACAAGCGACCAAGCUCUCUAUGCAGCCCAAAUGCUUGAAAAGGCCGCAGAGGAGUGGAAUGGUCUUCAACCUGAACUUGGUGUGGACUUCAAAUGGGUCAACGACAUCGAUGAUGCGGCAUUUGUGCUGAGUUACGGUGGCGACGCUGGCUCAAUGCUUGCCAGAGCCUUUUUCCCCAAUGUUGAAGAACUCAGUACUGUCUACGUUUACAAGAAAGCUUUUGAACCAGGCAACGUCAACUUUAUGAAGGAUGUCUUUGUCCACGAAUUGGGUCACGUCCUUGGUUUGCGACACGAACAUGCACCCGAGUUAGAAGGUGACACUGUGACCUUAGGUGAACGGAAUCGAGAUUCUGUGAUGGGAUACUAUCGCUUCCCGCCUAAAAUGCAAGAAUCCGAUAAGAAGAACACAAAGGCAUUUUAUAAUAUUGAGUCUGGAAAAUACAAGGGCUGGCCCAUUAAAGAUUUCGUCCCAGUUAACUAAGAUUGUUUUCCCCUGAUCCCAGUCAACAGUAAUUUUAUGUACUUCUGACAAUUCAAUUUCAUCGUUGCCUCUACGUACCCUAAAUUGUGGAACUUCUUAAUACUACUGUUUAUUU